AAUGUCAAACUUCACUUCGUUUUUGUGAAAUUGUUGACUCGUGUCGAACUGUAAAUUCAAAGAUGUCACGUCUUUAUUUAUUAUUAUUGUUAUAAAAAAGUUUUACAGUGUUUUUUGUUCAGUGUAUUUGUGUUACUUUUAUUAUUAUUUUUUUUUUUUAUUAAAUUUGUGUUGAUUACAAUAAUUUUUUGAUGGAAAUAAUGCCACGAUGUCGAGUUAUGGGAGAAAUCAUACUCAGAAAUCGGCGAUGAUCGAUUAUGAACGACAAUUUCAAGAAGAUUUAGAACGUGCACAAGCAUUGAGCUUGGAAAGUUUGGCACUGGAAAAAUUUCGUCUACAAAAACAACAAAAUCAAUGUGGCAAUAAUAUUCAUCAGCAAUCGUGCGCAUCAAGAAGUGAUAGUAAUUCAAUAAGCGAAGCCGAUGGCACAGUAGAAAAAAUACAGCACAGGAGUCGACCUAGACCUGGUGCUUAUAAUUCAGGCCAAUCACGUAAUGGUGUUAUUAUUGUGCCGCCUCCUCCAAUUCCAUGUAGAAGAAAUUCAACAAAUUCAGCCGUGGGAAAUCAAGGUGUUGAUUUAAUUAAUUUUACGAGUCCUGUUAAACAGGAUUCAUUAGCUGAAUAUUGUACCGCACCUCCAGUUGUCCCACCAAAAGCGCCAGUUGAACCAAAAUGGGAUACACAUCCGGCAUUAUUGAGAAGACCAUCGCGAGUCUCAAGAAGUAACAGUUCGGCAGCUGCUUAUCAACAGCGAGACUUUCGUUAUCAAUCGCCAUCAUCACCGGCGCCUGGAUCGAAAGCAUCAACAGCGCCAUGUACACCGGGUACGCCGGGAAUCAGUCCCGUUAUGUCCAGGGCAACGAGCAUUUCCAAUAAUGUUUCAGAACCAAUUCCACAGCCCGCUUGGAAUCUCAAUACUUUUACAAAUUAUUUCUUCAUGCAGAUACCACCUCUGCCAAUGAAUUAUCGUCCUGGAAUUCCAUCGCCCGUUACUGCCGCUGCAAAAGUUCCUUAUGCCAUUGAUGAAAAUCAAUUUAAUGUCUUGAAAGUCAUUGAAAAAAAACCGAAUAGCAAUCUUAUUGAUUUAAGCGCAUACGAAUCGAUAGAUGAUAAAACAAAUGUGCGUGUUAGCGUUUUGGAGGCUUUUGAUCCUUUACUUGUAAAGACUGAAGAAAUUAGAGAUAAUGCAAAAGGAUUAAAAGACGAAGUUGAGUCACAGUACAGCGGUUCAGUUUAUGAUCCUUUUGACCCGUUUGACUACAUGUAUAGUACAAGUGAAACCGUCAAUUCCGAUCCAGUUUAUGCGGCUGUGGAAAAAUCGGCAAAAUCGCCAGCCGUUUCACCGGCAGCACCACCGCCUUUGCCACCUAGAAAUUCAUCUGCCUGGAACACAAUUGAACGAAGAAAAACAUCACUCGAUCGUCGACAAAAACGACAAACGCGUCUUUACGAAAAUGUAACUGUAGUCAAGACACGAGUUUCCCUUCACGAUUGUGAUUUAAUGGCAUUUCAUAAAAUGGUGAAAUCAGUGCGAGGGGAAUUUCCGUUCAACAAUCCAAGUACAAAUAUCGGUCAUGUUAUUAGUCCAAUAAUGGAAAAUUUAUAUCCCGAUGGAACGAGUAUAAAACUCGUUGUACAUUCGCAAAUAUCUGUUGACUCUAAAGAUCCGAUUCCGUCCGUAACGUUUACCUGUGAUGUUAAUAGUAGCGUUGAACACGUGAUAUUCACUGUAGCAUGUUCUUUGGAUGAAGACAAUACAGUAAAUAUGGAGAACAAUAUUUAUUGUUUAAGAGUUUGGGGUUUGGCGGAAUAUCUCGCACCUAAUACAACAUUAGCUCAAUAUGAAUAUAUACAUCAGUGCAUUAAAUUAGAAAAGGAUAUUGAAUUAGCAAUAAUGAUUCGUGAUCAAAUAAAACGUUCAAUUGCCAGGACUCUUCAGGACGACAAUCGAGAUCAAUGUGUUACUUUAGAGGAUUUAUUACCAAAUGAGCCACUUCAACCCAUUUCUUACGAUACUCUUCUUAUUUUAUUAGAAACCGUUGAAAAGGAAUUAGAAAGAAUUGAAAAUGCCGCUGUACAAAUAGCAACGACAAAUCAUGGUUCAAGUUUAUUGCCACAAUUACAACCGCGUAGCGUUGUUCAAACAGUUAAGGCAGUAUGCGUACUAAUGGGAAAUAUUGAAACCUAUGAAAUUACCGAGGCAGUUGAUAAUUUUGUUAAUGCUUGCUGUCAAUUUUUACCACAAGUACAUACAACAAAUAUUGAAUGUAAAAAACCAGAAAUAUUACACGAGGACGGUGAUUAUUCAGUUGUUACAUUGCGUACAAAAUUUCCCGAACUUAUUUCAUCGCAUUGUCAUAAAAUUCGUGACGCUAUUCAAGAUUUAGUUGAAACUUAUUGUCAUGCAUUUAGAGUUGAUUUUCAAUUAACAAGCCGUGGAGAAUUUCCCACAAAUACUUUGGUGUCGUCAGAAGUGCUUGAUACAGUUCUCGUUCGUGUUGGAGCAAUGCAUCGAAUACCGGGAACAUGGAAUCAUGACGAUUAUAUUGUUGCUGCUCAAAUAUUUCACGGUACACGUCCAGUGGGAAAUCCUGUACUCUCUGAACCAAUGACUGUUAGCACAAAUUUCUAUCCGAGAAUUUUAUUCAAUUCGUGGAUGGAAUUUCGUGGUAUUAGUGUUUGUCAAGUUCCAAGGGAAGCAAGAUUAGUUAUUGUUCUUUAUGGUCGCACAUUACAACCAACGGAACAUGAAAAUAAUUCCUCGAAUGAAGGUUCAAUGCAAAAGGAAGAACUUGGCUGGGGGGCAAUUCAAUUUUACGACUACGAUGGUGCAAUGAGUCAAGGAAGCUUUUUCAUUUCCCUGUGGCCGGCAUCGGCUGACAAACGAUUGGGACCAGCUCCAGCACCGGGAAUUCAUCCUCAUGGCGAUACUCAUCCAAUAAUUGGUUUAGAACUUCCCGAUUAUGGUGGAAAAGUUUUAUUUCCAUCUGAACUUCGUGAUCACGAUAUUGAAUCAUUAGAUUUUAAUUCCUUGGAUCAAAAUACACAGGAAUUGUUACUUGAUAUUACACAGCAAGACACAUUUUCCAGACCACCCGUCGACGAAAGGGAAAUUCUUUGGGAAAAACGUCAUUAUUUGCACGAUCGACCAGAAGCACUACCAAAAAUAUUGCUCGCUGCACACAGUUGGGAUUGGGCUUGUUUACCAGAUUUACAUGCAUCGUUACGAGUCUGGACACCAUUGCCUCCAGUGCAGGCUCUUCAAUUACUUCUUCCAUGUUUUCCGGAUAUGAAAGUUCGAGAGAUGGCCAUUAGUUGGAUAAGGGAAUUAAGUAACGAUGAACUUGUCGAUUAUUUACCACAACUUUUACAAGCAUUAAAACAUGAAACUUAUGAAGCAUCUCAUCUUGCUAAAUUUUUACUCGAAAGAGCUUUACUCUCUCCUCGAGUGGCUCAUCAUAUUUAUUGGCUACUUACACAAGCUCUUCCAGGAUUAAGUCCUCAGAAUUCUGCGGAAACAUCUUUGGACGAUGACAAAAGUCUUUGUCUCGCUCGUUAUUAUAGACGAUUGCAACUUAUGUUACGAGCACUUUUAGCUGUGAUUGGCGAAGCACUGAGAAAUAGUUUUCUUACUCAACAAUGUCUAGUGAAAAAUCUCCAUGAAGUGGCGGAAAAUAUAAAAAAUACCAAAGAAUCAUUAAGAAUGGAUACAUUAAAAUUAGGAUUACAAAAUAUUAAUGGCCAACUUGCUGAUGACGAUGGAACUUGUUUACCAUUAUCGCCAAGUCGACAAGUUUUUGGAAUAAAUAUACAAACGUGUUCCUAUUUUCCAUCAUUUACACUUCCAUUGAAAAUCAAUUUUAUCUCAUGCGAUGAAGUUAUAAGUCCUGCAAUUUUUAAGGUUGGUGAUGAUUUACAACAAGAUAUGUUAACAUUGCAAAUGGUACGAAUAAUGGACAAAUUGUGGUUAAAAGAGGGUCUUGAUUUGAAAAUGGUGACAUUUGCAUGUGUACCAACGGGAAAUAAACGUGGAAUGAUUGAAAUGGUAUCAAAUGCAGAGACAUUGAGAAAAAUACAAGUUGAAUUUGGUCUUACUGGCUCAUUUAAAGAUCGACCAAUUGCCGAAUGGCUCGCAAAACAUAAUCCCUCUGAAUUAGAAUAUGAGAGAGCUGUUGAAAAUUUUACGGCAUCAUGUGCUGGCUACAGUGUUGCCACUUAUAUUUUGGGUAUUUGCGAUAGGCACAAUGAUAAUAUUAUGCUCAAAACAUCGGGACAUUUGUUUCAUAUUGAUUUUGGCAAAUUUCUCGGCGAUGCACAAAUGUUUGGCAAUUUUAAACGCGAUCGAACACCGUUUGUUUUAACUUCCGAUAUGGCUUAUGUUAUUAACGGUGGUGAUAAACCGUCGGCGAAAUUUCAUCAUUUUGUCGAUUUGUGCUGUCAGGCUUUUAAUGUUGUUCGAAAACAUGGAAAUUUGAUUCUCCAUUUAUUUGGAUUGAUGACAUCGUCGGGUAUUCCUGGUGUUACAAUGGACGCUGUGAGUUAUGUGCAAAAAGCAUUACUUCCUGGACAAACGAAUCCCGAGGCAGCAGCAACAUUUGCGCGAAUGAUUGAAAGUUCAUUGAAAAGUUGGUUCACGCAAUUUAAUUUCUUUUUACACAAUUUGGCACAAUUACGUUUCUCCGGCGAGCAAAAUGACGGUGAACUAUUGUCAUUUAUUCCACGUACAUACACAAUGCAACAAGAGGGACAAUUGACAAGUGUACAAGUUCAUGGCUAUCAGAAACGAUACGAUCCAGAAAAAUAUUAUAUGUACAUUCUUAGGAUACAAAGAAAAGGUCAAGCAGAUCCAACCUAUCUAUUUCGGACGUAUAAAGAAUUUUGCGAGUUUUAUCAAAAACUUUGCAUUCAUUUUCCACUUGCCAAAGUUGUCAGUUUAUCAAGCGGAAUGAGCGUUGGAAGAUCGAAUAUAAAACAAGUUGCCGAUAAACGUCGAGCUGACAUUGAAAAAUUUCUUCUAAGUCUUUUUAAAAUGGCACCGGAAAUUUCACAAAGCGAUUUAGUCUACACAUUUUUCCAUCCACUUUUGCGCGAUCAACAAAAUGAUGACAUUCAUCUUCGAAAAGUUAAAGUUGGCAAUUGGUGGGCGGAGAAGAAAAUUCCUGAAAAUGUAUUAAACGGACAACUAAAAUUGUCUCUUCACUAUACGAGGGGGACAUUUUGUGUUAUGGUUCAUCAUGCGAGAGGUUUGCCAAAAGUUGCCAAUGCACAAGAACCAAAUACUUACGUUAAAGUUUAUUUAAAACCCGAUCCAACAAAAGCCACCAAAAGAAAAACAAAAGUUGUCAAGAAAAAUUGUCAUCCAUCAUUUAUGGAAAUGUUGGAGUAUAGAAUGUCAUUGGACGCGAUAAAAGAAAGAACAUUGGAAGCAACAAUAUGGAAUCACGAUACCCUUCAGGAAAAUGAAUUCCUUGGAGGAAUUCGUCUACCAUUAUCACGACUUGAUUUAACAAAUGAAACCAUUGAAUGGUUUCCCUUAGGAAGUAUUCGUUGAAUAAAAUUCACAAAAUGUGAAGAAAAGAAAAACGAAAAAAAAAAUUACAGCUGCGCUGACAAUUUUUUCCCUCGUAAAAAAAAUUUCCCCCUAAAAUGAAGUAAAAAAAAAACAAACACUUUUACUAGAGUGUUUUGUAUUUUUUUUUUUUUUACAAAAUUAGUAUAUAUAUAUACGAUGCUGUUCUCGUACAACAUUUCUAUUCCCUUUUUAAUUUAAUCAAAUUUUUCAUGAAAAAAAAAAUUCUUUUUUCUUUUUUAUGCCAAGAUUGCCUCGGCUUUAAAGAGAUUUGUGAUUUUAUAUACACACAAUUCCUGCACAGAUUUUUUAUUACAAAUAUUAUAUAACAUGUGAUAAUUAAGGUACUAAAACAAAAACAAAAACAAACAAAAAAAAGGAGGAAAAUCAAUUUUUUUCUAGAAAAGAAAAGAAAAAAUGAAUUAUGUGAAGGAAGAAAAAAAAACAAACAAAUUUUAUAAGACACAACGACAUUUAAAAUGAUAAACGGAAAAGAAAGAGAAAAAAAAUAGAGAUAAAUUUUUAGUGAGAUAGAAAUGUCACGCUUUACAAAUAAUAAUGAAAUGCGCGCGAUAACACAAGAAAAAAAAAAAUUUGAAUAAGAAAACUAAUAACAGUGAAAUUUUCUAAAAAUUUACUUUUUUUCUUCUAAAUAGUAUUUUGUUUUGAAAAUUAUUUUUCUAUUUAAUUUUUUUUAUUAAAAACUUUUUGUCAUUUUUUCUAUUCUAAAUUGUUUUCCAUAUUUUCUCUUUUAACUUUUCUAAAUUGUUUUCUAUAUUUUUUCUAUUUUUUCCAUUUUUUUUUCUAGAUUUCAAAGUUUGUUGUAUAUUUUUUUUUAUGUUUGCCCCUUUUUUACAAUUUUUUUUAAAUAUUCUUUUUUCUGUGUUUGUUUAAUUUUUUUUUGUUCUGUUUUUUACUAUUUUUUUUGUAUUUUACUUUUUUGUUUGUUUGUUUUUUUUUUAAUAUGGAAAUGUGUCGUAGCGUAAAUUUGUAAAUAUAAAGAAAAAAAAAUUGAAGUCAUUCUGUAUUGUCGGAACAAUAUUGAUUUGUUUGUCAUUCGUCUAUUUUUUAAAAAGUGAUUAAGUGUCGAUGGCUUUAAAGAGAUUAAUUUUAUUCUUCUCUUUUAUGCUUUAUUUAAUGAAAUGAAUUAACAUUUUAAUAUGUUUUUAUUUUCAAUGAAAUAUAGUGAAUUUAAUUAUUAUUAUUAUUAUUAAUUGAAAUAAUUUGGCAAUAUUUUAAAAAUCGAAUUAUAAUUUACUUUUUGUAUAAUUAAUUAAUUAGUAUAAUUUAAUUAAAUUUAUUAUUAUUAUACACUUGAUUAGAAUAGGAAUCUCUAUUUUAACUAUAAUUAUUAUUAAUAUUAUUAUUAAUAUUAUUCUGAAAAGUAUAUAACUAUUUUUUCAAGGCGAAAAAAUUAUGAAAUGAAAAUCGAAUUUUACGUCUAAUUCUGGAUUUGUAAUUUUGUUUCUGUUCAAACAACUUUUUUUGAUUUGGAAACUAAUGUGAAAAAUUAAAAAGAAAGAAUCGUAGUAAAUAUGAGUCAAUAUUUAAAAUUUUUUUUUUUUUUUUGAUUUAAAAAAAUUUAAUUAAAAUAAAUUUAAAAAUUAUUUUUUAUUAAGAGAAAAAGAAAAGGAUGCAACAAAAAAAACCAAACAUUAAAAGUUAUUUGCAUAGAGACAAAUUAAAUAUUUUAUAUUUUCUUUGAAAAAUAAGAAAAACUUUUUGUAAAACAUUUUCCAUAUCUACACAGUUCAGUGAAAAAUGUAUAAAAUUCUAUAUCACAUGUGAUUUGUAUAUGAAAUGAGAAUUGACAAUUUUUACGAAUCUUGAAAAAAAAAAAAAAUUUAUUCUACACUAUAAAAUUUUGUAAAUUACUAAUCGAUUAAUAUUUAUUGAGAAAAAAAAUAAAUAAAAAAAAAUUUAAGUAUGCUUCUAA